CCCCGGCGCCGCCGCUCCGUGACCGCCAUGUCCCGGGCCCCGGCCCCGAAGGUCCGCCUGGCCCUCCUCUGCGUCCUGGCGGGCGUCGCGCUGGCGCUGGUGGCCGUGGUGACCGACCACUGGGCCGUGCUGAGCCCCCGCGCGGAGCCGCGCCGCAACGCCAGCUGCCAGGCGGCGCACUUCGGCCUCUGGCGGAUCUGCACCAAGCGGAUCUUCCCGGGCGACGGCAGCGACAGGAGCUGCGGACCCAUCACCCUGCCUGGGGCACCAGAAGCUGCGAGAGAGAAAAGCACAGCAUCAAUCCUGGAUCACCAGCAGCAGCCACACACCCCAGAGAAAAACUGCUCCUACUUCAGGCAUUUUAACCCAGGAGAGAGCUCGGAGAUCUUCGAACUUACCACUCAGAAAGAGUACAGCAUCUCGGCCGCAGCCAUUGCCAUCUUCAGCCUGGGCUUCGUCAUCGCGGGGACCAUCUGCGUGCUCCUGUCCUUCGGGAAGACGCGGGAUUACCUGCUGAGGCCAGCGUCCAUGUUCUACGCCUUUGCGGGUCUCUGCAUCUUCGUCUCGGUGGAGGUCACGCGGCAGUCGGUGAAGCGCAUGAUCGACAGCGAGGACACCGUCUGGAUCAAGUACCAUUACUCCUGGUCCUUCGCCUGCGCCUGCGCGGGCUUCGUCCUCCUCUUCCUCGGCGGCCUUGCCCUCCUGCUCUUCUCCCUGCCGCGGAUGCCCCAGAACCCCUGGGAGUCCUGCAUGGAUGCCGAGCCCGAGCACUAGCUAUCCUGGGCCCUGGCCCUCGGGGCUGUAGUCCCCCAAGGAGGUAGAGGCUGAGCCCAGCCCGGAACAUUCUAGAAGGAGGCGGUCCCCCCUGCCCCUCCCCCCCGCAGCACAGCUGCUCGCCCUGGCUGAGCGCUCCUCUGGGCGGUGAACCAGCAAGUGGAGGUGGUCCAGACCUGCCCCGUGCAGGAGGAAGGCAGCCGCAUAGGCGCUUGGAGAGGCCCGACCUCCCGCUGGAGCCCCGCUGGUCCUUGAGGAGCCCACCGACCGUCCUCUGUGGCUCGUUUGCCUAUUCUGGGUGUUCAGCUGUGUGAGUGGCCAGACCCUCCUUCCUGGUGACCCGAACAGCCCCUCCGUGGCUUCUGGGAGACCCAACAAGCAGUU